CUCCCAGGUUCCUGUGAAAAUUAACUCCAUCCCAGCUGAACCCAGGACAGUUCCUUAAGAAUUGUUACCUCAGGGAGCAGUGCAAAUUAUUGCUGUCUAGUUUACCAGACUUGGGAGGAGCAGGGGUUUUUGUUAGCUGCCUCUGUACUGAUGAACAAAAAUCUCCAGGUGUUCAUGAAAGUCCCAAAUUUUUCCCCUCUCCUUUUCUUCUCCUAAGCCCUUUUACAUUAAUUUAAGAUUUUUAAAUAAGCAUAUAGCUUUACUUUUUCAGAAGUAGUAUAUUUUAAAGGUUUACUCAAAGAUGUUAAAAGAGACUUCUGACACAAUCUGGCCUUCAAAAUAAAAGCCAAAGUUUUCAAUUACUUUCAUGUCCGAUAAUGUCACCAGAGCAGUAUGGUAUUUGGAUUUUAUGGGAGUUGUCUGUACUGGGAAACUUGUUGAGUGUAAAUUAAUUUCAGUAUAACUUUAUUCAUGUUGGAAGUGAAUUUCAGCUGGUUUCAUCUGGCUUUUCUGGAGGUUUAUUUAGCUGACCCCAAAAAGCUUCUGCUUUAAGGUAGACACGGUCAUGGUUAGAGCUUAGGUCACAGAAUCAGGACUCCUGGGCCGUUGCCAGCUGUGCCGCUGGCUGUUCGUGGUGCUGAGCAAGGUGCGUGCACUCAGGUGUGAUGCUCGGGAGCAUCUGCUGAAGUGCUGAGGCCCGAGAGGGCUACAACCCUGUGGGCAGUCGUGGUUCUUGGCUGCCAGGAGGGGGAGGCUUCGGUCCUCCGCCUUGCCUCUUGCCACAUUUUGCAUCCUGUAUGCGUCGGCUCUGAAAGUAGCUGGUCCUUGUUGGAGUUGCUACAGCUCAGUAACGCAGCAAAAUACUACCCCGUUGUUAAGUUUUUCUUUCAGUGGGAUAUGGGUUUUGCGAUGUGUAAUUACUUCCCUAUUAUUACUUACAUAAGUACUACCAGUAUAUAUUGGAAGCGGUAACUGGGCACGCGUAGUAAGGUUUUUAGAAAGAGGCUUGGAGUUUGAGGUAUUGUCACAGUGCUAAAAAUAAAGGGAAGAUACAGGAGAAAUGAGAUCUUUUCAUAGGUGAAGGAGAAUGAUGGAAGAGAGUGGAAUAGAGACAACUCCACCUGGCACACCCCCACCAAGCACAGCAGGGGCUGCUGCCGCCACUGCUACACCUGUCUCAUUAGCUUUGUCCAGUCCCCUUGCUACACAAAGCAUGUCAUCUUCUCCUGCAUACUCACCACCCUUGCCAGCUGGAGUGUCUCCACUUCCUCCUAUGAUGACUUCAGCUUCUCUUCCAGUUGUGCCUUCUGCAACGGUUUCUACUAUUGCACCACCUCUAACUCCUGCCCCACCUCCUGUUGCCUCUUCAGCUUUUAGUACCUCCGUGUCCCAGUUCUCUACAUCUCUUCCAUUAAGCUCUACUGCUGGCCCUGGUCUUCCUGCACCUCCCACUGGUCCCCCCAUUUCAGGAUUUUCUGUGUCUUCAACCUAUGACAUUACCAGAGGUCAUGCUGGUCGAGCACCACAGAGCCCACUGAUGCCAUCAUUUUCUGCACCUCCAGUCACAGGUGUUUUGGCAGAUCCUAUUACUCAACAAGCAACUUUCUCAUCACCUUUGGCUCCUGCAACUGGAUCUGCAAUCACUUUUCCUGAGGAGCAUGAAGACCCCAGAGUAUGUACUGCCCAAGGUGGAGCACCUGCUGGAGGACUGUGGGGGUUUAUAAAGGGUGUAGCUGAGAAUCCCAUGGUGAAGUCUGUUCUUGAUAAAACCAAGCAUUCAGUGGAGACCAUGAUCACAACGCUGGAUCCUGGCAUGGUUCCAUACAUCAAAACUGGGGGAGAACUGGACAUAGUGGUUACUUCUAAUAAAGAGGUAAAAGUCGCAGCAAUUCGAGAUGCCUUUCAAGAAGUCUUUGGAAUGGCUGUUGUUACUGGAGAGGCUGCACAGUCUAACAUUGCACCCCAACCUGUGGGCUAUGCUGCAGGUUUAAAAGGAGCCCAAGAAAGGAUAGACAGCUUGCGUCGGACAGGAGUAAUACAUGAAAAACAGCCUGCUGUAUCAGUAGAAAACUUCAUUGAGGAAUUGCUUCCUGACAAGUGGUUUGAUAUUGGAUGUCUGAUUAUUGAGGAUCCAAUUCAUGGGAUUCAUCUGGAAGCUUUUACCCAAGCAACACCAGUGCCUUUGCAAUACGUUCAGCAGGCUAAGAGUCUCACUCCUCAGGACUACAAUCUGAGAUGGUCAGGCCUGUUGGUGACUGUGGGUGAAGUGCUUGAGAAGAGUAUACUGAACGUCAACAGGACUGAUUGGCACAUGGUAUUCACUGGCAUGUCCCGUCGACAGAUGAUCUACAGUGCAGCUAAGGCUCUAGCCGGAAUGUACAAACAACACUUACCACCCAGGACCGUUUGAAAGAAGGCUGAUCCAUGACACUAAGGAAUACUGGUUUUGAUUGUAGAAUUGAAGUGAAAGCUGCAUGUUCUAAUUCUCGGUGGAUUCAACAUAAUUUGUAAUCUAACUGUAAACUGUAGUUUACUGUUUAAGAAGUUAAGGUGGUUUCCAAUAGUAGAAAUGAGCAAUUGCAAUUUUUAACUACUAUGUGAUUUCCAAUACGAUUCACAAAACAGAAAAUCAGAACAAACAUAUAUUUAUAACUGGGACAAAUGGCAUCACAGUUUGUAAAGUGGAAUGUGCUUUUAUUUGACACCUUACUAGGCAUUUGCUGAGAUAUUUUGGUUAGUAUACUUUUUUAAAAAGGGGAUCAUUGUUUAGCUAUUUCUAUUAUAUUAGUACUAUAAACAUGUUGACAGUGUAAUAUGUAUGCUAUAUAUGCAUUUCAAUCCAGAGAGACUACCUUCUGUAUUAGAUGUUUUCCUGGGGCCUGUGCUUAGGUGGUACUUAACACCUCAUAGGUUUGGUGUCUGUAUAGAAGUUCUCAGGAGUGAUACUGAGCAGUUUUUAUAACAUGUAACAUUGAGUUGCUGAAGAAGAGCACAAACCCAUGCCCCAUUAGUUGAAGUUGUUGCUAAAUAAUUUUGAAAUCUCAUUUUCCAUGCUGCAUCUUUUUUCUUUUUAUGUAACAGUAAUGAAAUUCAUGUCCAAUUAAAACACUAGACAAAUUUCAA